UAAACCCAGGUGAGCUGCCCAGGAGUUGCAGUUGCACUAGUCCCUUGGCCAACAUUGACAUGGCCGAUUUGGUGAAUAGACUGCGGGGGCCCGAGCUGGUGGCUCAGUUUCAGAAACUCUGUGGGCUCAGUCUGCUUCCCGAAGGGAAACCAACUCGGCGGCACUUCACAGAAACUGGCGGACAGGCAGAUCAUACACACCGGGUCCACACUGCUGCCUGGACAGGGAACCAUACCAACGCUGCAAACAACGGCACAGUCCCGGGGGCUCCGGUUCCUCAGAAGAAAUACAAGAUUGAGAAUUACUUCCUCUAUUACCUCUUUCUGUUUGCUGCCACCUUGGGCCAGGAAGUUUUUUACAUCACCUUCCUUCCCUUUUGCUUCUGGAAUAUUGAUCCAUACGUGGCUCGGAGGGUGAUCAAUAUCUGGGCAGUUGUAAUGUACAUUGGCCAGGCUUCCAAGGAUGUCUUAAGGUGGCCGAGGCCUCCGUCACCUCCAGUGGUCAAGCUUGAAGUACGGGUGGAUGCAGAAUAUGGAAUGCCCUCCACUCAUGCCAUGGCUGCCACUGCAAUCCCCUUCACCUUCCUUUUGGCUACAAUGAACAGGUACAAGUAUCCUUUUGAGCUGGGACUACUGCUAGCUUUGGCUAUUUGUACCUUGGUCUCCCUUAGCCGUAUUUACACAGGAAUGCAUACAGUUUUGGAUGUGCUGUGUGGAAUUGCAAUCACUGCCGUAUUGGUGGCUGUUUCCUACCCUUUCUGGGAUGCUCUGGAGAGCUUCCAGAUGAGGAACAGUUUCGCCCCUGUACUGGCACUGUCGCUGUCGUUCCUGGUGUCUAUUUAUUACCCGGAGUUGGAUCACUGGAGCACGGCCCGGGGAGACACCACCAACAUUGUGAGUGCGGGCGGUGGUGCCGCUUUGGCCACCUGGAUCAAUCACCAGUGGAGCCUCCUUCCAGAACCUUCGUCUGCCCCACCCUAUGACAUUCCCACACUCUCUGCACCAUUGAUCUGCAGGAUGGGUGCCAGAUUCGCCAUCGGCAUCGUUAUUGUGUUCAUCGCUCGGCAACUGAUAAAGUCAGUCGCCCUGACUCUGGUCUGCAGGUUGGCCGGAGUCUCCCCCAGGGACCGGGAGGCUCGGAAACUUCUGAGGGUCGAGGUGCCCUACAAGUACAUCACCUACAGCUGCCUGGGGGUGGUGGGACUCGCUGUGUGCCCAGCAGUACACCACUACUUAGCGCUUUGAAGUUGAUGCAUGUUGGGAGGCAGGUGAGGAGAGUGUAGCACUGAAGGGGCCGAAUGUUCCCGCUCCUUGAGUGUGAGGAAUCGGGGUGAUGGGGGAAAUUGGAGCUGGAUCCACUCAGGUCACAGUGUGAACUGUCCAGGGGCAGCCUCAGAAGCCCCACUGAUACAACUUCCAGUGAGGGGCGGUUUUACCGGCAGUAGAGUGGGCACUGGAGUCUGAGUUGCGAUUCAAAUUGAGGGGUUUCCUUUAUUCAUUCAUUUGUGUGGCUGGCUAGGCAGCAUUUAUUGCCUAUCCCUAAUUACCCAAAGGGCAGUUAAGAGUCACAUGUUGGCCAGACCAGGUAAGGAUGGCAGUUUCUUUCCCUAAAGAACAUUCCUGAACAUUCAUGACAAUCAGCAAUACAUUCAUGGUCAUCAUGAGGUUCUUAACUCCAGAUAGUUACUGAAUUUAAACUCCACCAUCUGCCAUAACAGGAUUCAAACGUGGGUCCCCAGAAUGUUAUCUGGGUCUCUGAGUUAACAGUCCAGCGAUAAUACCACUAGGUCAUCCCCUCUGAUCCCAACAGUGUGCUGCCUCCCCUCACUCUGGCCCCCUCAAAUAUUUCACAACCUUCCAUUUCGGGGCUCCCUCACAUUCUCAGACCGACCUCAGAAGCUUCUGCUUCUUACGUUUGAGUGAAUCACCGAUUGAGGCUGCCUCCAGGACAAUUUGGCGAGUGGUCAGGGCAUCUCGGAACAACCUCCAUCUUUUCCUGAAAUCAGCAUUCUGAACUCCAGGAGAAUCCUUGCCUUAGCUCGGAUCUAGUCAGAAACCCGAGGGACCGUAGGUCAUUGCUCAUCAAUGAAGAUCUCAACCAAACCAUUCUCUGGUAAAGGUGGACAUUUUCUUCUGUGAUUACAUUGAUCAAAGGAUUCCUUGCUUCUGUCUUGCGCUCUGGGCUGAGACCAUCGAAUAGAUUUACAAUGUGCUUCAAAACUGCACUGACUGUCAACACUGUAGGUUCCUUGACUUUACCCCAGCAGCUCCUUCACACAAUGAACAUUCAUUCAAAUAAACUAAUUCAUAUUGAGAA